AUGUUACCUCAAACUAAUAAUGCUUCAAUCUUUGAUAGUCAUAUUAAUCAAAAAUUGGAAAAAAGAUUAGGAGUAAUUGAAAUUAAUUUAGCCAAACUUACCAAACUCAUAAGAGAAGAUACCAUAAAUACCAAAUUAGCCCAGUAUCAGUAUUCAGAAUUUUCAGACUAUAAUAAUAGAAGAUUGGAAAAAAGAUUAGAACAAAUUGAAGCUUACAUAGCCAAAUUUAUCAGAAAAGAUACCAGAAGUGCCAAAACAUCUCAGUGUUAA